GCCGUUGGUGGUGGCGAGGGCGGCGGGCGCGGGGCCGCCAUGGAGGGCGGCGGGAACUCCAAGGGCACCGGGCUCGGCGGCCUCUUCGGCGCCGGCGGGCUCGGGUACUCUCACGCCGACCUGGCCGGGGUGCCCCUAACUGGGAUGAGCCCUUUGUCACCGUAUUUAAACUUGGACCCCAAGUACCUAGUACAGGAUACAGAUGAGUUUAUCUUGCCCACAGGAGCCAACAAAACUCGAGGCAGAUUUGAGCUGGCCUUUUUUACCAUUGGAGGAUGUUGUAUGACAGGGGCAGCAUUUGGUGCACUGAAUGGUUUAAGACUUGGCUUGAAGGAGACACAGAAUAUGGCAUGGUCAAAACCUAGAAACGUACAAAUUCUAAAUAUGGUGACAAGGCAAGGAGCGUUAUGGGCUAACACUCUGGGAUCACUGGCUCUACUUUACAGUGCGUUUGGAGUCAUCAUUGAAAAAACACGAGGUGCAGAAGAUGACCUGAACACCAUAGCUGCUGGAACCUUGACAGGAAUGCUAUACAAAAGCACUGGUGGAGUGCGCGGGAUAGCACGAGGUGGGAUCGCAGGCCUGACGCUGACUGGCCUCUACGCCCUGUACAACAACUGGGAGCACAUGAAGGGCUCCCUAGCCCGGCAGUCCUUGUGAGCAGGGCAGAGGACACGCUUGCUUAGUCACCAAUCAAAUCAGUUGUGAGAUCUAUCUGGUGCCCCUUGCUAUUUUAUUUACAAUUAGUGUGAAACUGAUGGAAGCUGUGCUGGAAGGAACGUCUUGACACCGUGUGGCUGGACUGGCCCUUCCUGCCAGCCAGUUGCUGGACAGGCAACAAUAUUUGUUGGACGUGCAAGUGAACAGAGUGGCCAUGGCCACCGAGACAGAGUCUCCCUGCCACGCUCCCCAAGCAGCCCUGGCCAGAGCUGCCAGGCAUGCUGGGUCCCCAUAGCUGCUCCUCCUAGCUGCCAGAUUUGUUGGGUGCCUGUAAGGUCUGUCCACAGAGCAUUCCCAGCACCUCACUGGCCAGGCCAGCAGCAUGGCCCCAGUAGCCAUGGCACAGGCAGGGCUUGCUAUUCUGACAGCACAAGGCAAGCUAGCACAAGGGACAUCAUCAGAAUAAAAAGGGUGGUACUUGCUCAAUACCAUUUCUAUCCUUUGCUCUUCCUGCUGUAGUGUGCUGCAUCCAGUGACCUAUUUAAGGAUUCAUUUUAAAGGACCAGUGUGGUGAAAUCCUGGGGGAAUUGGUGGGUGAGGGGAAGUGGACAAGCAGUGUGGUCAUCUCUUGAUAGGUGGUUAUGGUAAGGCACAGCAGGGCUUGACUUCACUCCCUUAUUUGCUCUAACAAAUAAGGACCUGGUUGUUUAUGGAUGAGAUACAGUUGCUGUUGCAGAACAGCUGCCAGUUGAUUAUCAAAACAUUUGGGUGCUCCAAUAUAUGAGAACUGAUUCAGCCAACAAUUAUAAACCAAACAGUAUAAAGACUGCACUCAUUACCUAUUACAGAAGUUUUAAUUGGCAAGAAAGUUUUUGCCUCAAGUGCCAUUCAUGGGUUAUUGGUGGAAUAAAGACUGUGAUGAACCUACACGUUCUCCAGUGUUAAAAUUAAACCAUGUACCAAGCAUCAUUUGCAGAUAAAUUAAACAGUAAGUUGGGAAUUAGUUCAGCAAUUAGAGUUACUGUAUAACAGCUCAUUCCUUCCACAUUUAAAUAAGUAAACAGGUGAAUUAUUAAGGGAAGACAGGGAAGGCAGAGCUAGGGAAAACCAGGAAACUAACUGGUCAGUAAACAACUUAAUGCAAACUAAGUUUUUAUAUUUGAGUUUUUGCUACUGAAAUGGCUCUUAAUAAUUACAUUGCAUACACCAAAAUAACAAAAAGCAGAAAAGGGAAGGCAGUAGCUCUUACCUUCCCCCAAGAAGGAGUACCACUUUGCUAAGAAGCCUGAUUGGCAGCAAAUAACCACUGAGACCAGCUUUUAAUAGAGCAAGUCUCCAGCUAACGAGCCCUCAUGGGUAAACUCAAUCAUCUUUGCUUGGAUACCAGGUCAAAUUAGAUGCUUUAUGCCAGUACUUAAAGUAGGAUAAAGGAAGCAGGCCUUUUCUCACCCCCUGUGUCAAUGCUGGUUUUUGUCAAGCCUUAUUUUCCAUGGUUCCAUAGUGCUCUGCAUGUUACUGUUGUGGUGUGAGAGCUGGACUUCCUUCCUAGCAUGCAUUUUUUGAGGGCUGUACCACCAAAGAAACUAUCCCCCACUUGCAGGCUGCAGAGGGGUAAUUUGGGCUUCAUCUGCACAAUGCUGUCACAUGGGACAUCAGAAAAACACAUGCACUUUAUCCUGAGCUUUUUCUCUCCCCACUGGCAUCAGUGAGUUCCUCCCCUGCAUGUUUCCUGGUCACCGUUGGUUGGACUUGUGUUCCUGUACUCAUGCUGGAUGAAGGAUUGAGAGCUGCUUUGGGGGUUGAUGAGGGGCAAAGGUGGCUUUUUAAAUGCCAGGAACUGCAAUAUAUCUUAGGUUUUCUAAAGACUUUUUCAGGACUAAAAAGUGACCCAGGAACUGUCUGCCCUAAUUGAAGCGGGUAAAACAUGAAGCUUAACAAGUAUUUUCUUCAUCAGGUGCACUGGAGAUAACAUAGAAGCCUUUUCAAAUUCAUAGUUAGCACAACCUUAAGGCUAGGCUGACUCUUGAACAACUUAGCAUGUUGUCUGUUCUGCAGUGCACCCAGAUUUCCUGGAACUGCUCGCUUCAAGGGCAGAGCUGAGAGCAUUUUUCUGAAGUAGCUGAGUUAGAGCUGUUAAAAGUUUUUGUUGAUAAUCUGUUUGUAUAUGGAGUAAUCUGUAGCUUGAGCUAUGAAACACAACCAGCACAGAGGCAGCAGUGAGGGAGGUGAAUUUGUAAGAUACAAUACAGAGAAUGUGUUUACAAUAUUCUGUGACAUGACGUACUGCAUUCACGGUUUACUGGCAAUCAGUAUAAAAUUGCUACUUUAUAUUGUGACCAAAAAUAUAUCCAAGUUCAGUAGGAAUAAAAGGAUGUAAAAAUCAAGUUGAAAACAGGAUUUGGCUCAACUUAGAGCUGUUACAUGCAGUGUUACAUAAAUGUGAGCAUGGAAGACCUUGACUGUCUUGGAGGAGCGGGGUUUUGGUGCCAGUUGUGAUGUCUUUGCUGAUAGAUACAAGGCAGCUUUCCAUGCUGUGGCACCAAGUGAGGGAGCUGAGACGGCAGGUAUAGUGGAAGGGUUUUGAGUCUUGUGAAGCUGGUGCUGCUUAGUCUUUGGAACAGAAGGGCAAAUCCACUUACACCAUUCUCUGUCAGCAGGUGACUUCUGUUACUGUUGGAGGAAUUUGUUUAAAAAUUACUGCUUAGGGUGGAAAUCUCUGGACACCCUGAAGCAGAAGCAGGUUCUGAAAACAGAAGGCAGAAAUGUUAGGGCAUAAAAACAACCCCAUGUUCAUAGUCUGUUUCCUGUGAUCUAAUCUGGGACUUCAAAAGGAGGGGGGAAAUCCUUUUGUAUGCUUUAACAGAAGGUUACCCCUAUGCUUAAUAAAUUCUAGAUAGGAAAC